CUAUUGUACCUUCCCCAUUGCUUUCCAAUUUAUUAAACAUUUUACAGCAGUGCACAUCUUUUAGCCCAGCAAACUAACAAGAGUUGGCAUUUAAAUGUCUGGUUCUCAUUUUCUGGUUUAGUAUCCUCACAGCAUCCAGCAUGGUUAUAUGUGACAGCACGCGGUGACGUGUUACGCAAUUCGGGUUCACGUGGGUUUUUACCGCAUAAAACAAGGACCACACAUACAAUAUCGACAUGUCAAUAUUAUGACGUUUAAAUAUUUUGCUUUGAGUAAUUUAAUUAUGCCUUGAGGAUUCAAAAGGUAAGUUCAGGUUGGAAAGACAUCUUGGACUGUCUGAUGAAAUUCUGCGAUAGUUGAGAACUGAGAGCAUGUGCUGUAAUUUCAAUGAAUCUGAUUAUACGAAGUUCAGAGUUGAGUCACCACAGCAAAGUGUUCAGGCUAUUCUUAAACCACUGACAACCCAAGCUACUUUUCCAGAACCAAAACUAAUCGCUGUCUCCCCUGUCACGCCUCCCAAAUGUGCUAUAAAUAGGAUGAGCUUUGUCAAGCAAGAUUGUUUGUGUUCCCUGUGAUGUGUUCUCAGUUUCUUCUUCCAAACCCUCUGGUGCCGUGUAGCAAAUAAAAUCCCAGAGGAAAACUAAUCUGCGGCAGGUGUGAGCUGAAUUUUGCAGUUCCACAUGCUGGAGAGUGGUCAGUCUGUUCCAGAACACCCCACCCUUAUACACAUUGGUAAACACCAUGAUAUGUGGCAUAAUGUGUCGAAGAUAAAGAGGCUCUGUUUGGAACAAAACCAAAGGGAAUGUUUAUUGGCUUGUGUCAGUCAGUGUAAACGAGAUAAGAUAGAAAGUGUGAACGUCUUUCUAUUUGUGGUGCUGAAAGCGAUUUCUGCGCCACUAGCGGCAAGUAAUGGAAUUGCAACAAUAAUGACUGUUUUCAAAUAGGUUUCCCAAACACUACCCCGUCUUUCAUUGUUCCGAGAAACCGGUAGCUCCACCCCAAUCUCAUGCCAUUGGCAGACAGUGAACUUCAGAGGUUUCUGAUUGGCUAAAACAUGCAGUGAUUUCCUGAUUCUUCCAGGAUACAUUGACUUCACAGCUGACCAGGUGCUUGACUGAAACGAUGGAAAGUAGACAGCUGGAGUGAAGAUAUCAAGAAAAGAGGGAUGUAUGUAUGGAUGGAUGUUGUGGUUUGUGUGUCUUCAGUGGGUUAAUUUGAUUGGCUAUCUCUGUAGGACCUGACAUCAGCCUUGACCAAAAAAAUCACAAUGAAAACUCCACUGGUCUCAUCACCCAUGGACACAAUCACAGAGUCUGGAAUGGCCAUAGCUAUGGCGUUGACUGGUGGAAUUGGCUUUAUUCAUCAUAACUGCACUCCAGAGUUCCAGGCUAAUGAAGUUCGCAAGGUCAAGAGGUACGAACAAGGUUUCAUUACGGAUCCAGUGGUGAUGAGUCCAAAUGAGCGGGUAAGGGACGUCUUUCAGGCUAAAGCUCGUCAUGGAUUCUGUGGUAUUCCAAUCACAGACAAUGGACAGAUGGGCGGACGUCUGGUCGGCAUCAUUUCAUCACGAGAUAUCGACUUCCUGAAAGAGUCGGAGCAUGACCUGCCACUCAGUGAGGUGAUGACUAAGAGGGAUGAUCUUGUUGUAGCUCCAGCAGGAAUAACACUGAAAGAGGCCAAUGAAAUCCUUCAGAGGAGCAAAAAAGGCAAGCUUCCUAUUGUAAAUGAGGAGGGCUGUUUGGUGGCCAUCAUCGCCCGGACAGAUCUAAAGAAGAACAGAGAUUUCCCACUGGCCUCAAAAGACUCCCGGAAACAGCUACUUUGUGGUGCUGCCAUCGGAACACACACUGAUGACAAAUACAGACUGGAUCUGCUGGUGCAGGCUGGUGUGGACGUGGUCGUCUUGGACUCUUCCCAAGGAAAUUCGAUCUUUCAGAUUAAUAUGAUUAAGUACAUAAAGGAGAAAUAUCCCAGUCUACAGGUCAUUGGCGGCAACGUGGUGACUGCGGCUCAGGCGAAGAAUUUGAUUGAUGCAGGAGCGGACGCCCUGAGAGUGGGAAUGGGAAGCGGCUCCAUUUGCAUCACGCAAGAAGUCCUGGCAUGCGGGAGGCCUCAGGCUACAGCCGUGUAUAAGGUAUCUGAAUAUGCUCGGCGGUUUGGAGUGCCUGUGAUUGCUGAUGGGGGAAUUCAGACAGUUGGACACAUUGCUAAAGCUCUUGCGUUGGGGGCAUCUACAGUAAUGAUGGGGUCAUUGCUAGCUGCCACCUCUGAAACUCCUGGUGAAUAUUUCUUCUCUGAUGGGAUCCGUCUGAAGAAGUUCAGAGGAAUGGGUUCACUGGAUGCCAUGGACAAGAACCUGGGCUCACAAAACAGAUACUUCAGUGAAAGUGAUAAGAUUAAAGUAGCUCAGGGAGUUUCAGGGGCAGUUCAGGAUAAAGGCUCCAUCCAUAAGUUUGUUCCAUAUCUCCUUGCUGGAAUACAGCAUUCUUGCCAAGACAUCGGUGCAAAGAGCCUCACACAGUUGAGGGCAAUGAUGUAUUCUGGUGAAUUGAGGUUUGAAAAGAGAACCAUGUCAGCUCAGAUGGAAGGUGGAGUGCACAGUCUACACAGCUAUGAGAAGCGCCUGUUUUAACGAAGAAACUACAGAUGCUAGUACAUGCACUCCUGUUAAUCUACUUCUACACAUUUUUUCUAACAUACUGACACCCAAACACAAUUGAGAACCACAGCUGCUUCUUUCUCUUGUCUUCCCAGCCGCCUUUCCUCUUAGUGAGGAGAGAAACCAUGUGUUAAUGUCUGUAUGCGUAUGCCUGUGUGUGAAUUUGUGUGGUUGUGGGGAGCAUGUGCUGUCUAUUAAAUGUGUCAGAUGCCUUACAUUGUAAAAAAGAGAAAAAAGUAGUUUUUUGACAACUUGGAAAGUAUUAACAUAUAUCCUUUUUUGUUUUUUGUUUUUUUUUGUUUUUUGGGACACUGAUAUUUGUUGGACUCUGUUAAAUAAAAUGCCAAUUAUACAUGUACAUGCAUACUUUUAAGCUAUAAUAAUCAAUCAAUGCUUUCAGUUCCUAAAUAAAACUGGUUGACUGAG